AUGGUGGAGUCCUCAAUGAUUCCCUGCAAGGUCUGCACCCCCUGGCAGGGACUACUCCUCACAGCCUCGCUUUUAACCUGUUGGUACCGCCUCACCACUGCCCAAGUCAUCAUUGCAUCAGUGCCUCUCCAUGUGGUCGAAGGAGAAAGCAACCUUUUUCUUGUUCACAAUCUUCCAGACAAUCUUUUAACCAUAUCCUGGUUUAAAAAAAGAGCAAAUAUGGACCAUAAAAUUGCGACCUACACACUGAAAUACAAUAUUGCUCUGCCGGGGCCAGCACACAGUGGUAGAGAGACAGUGUACGCAAAUGGAUCCCUGUGGAUUCAAAAUGUCACCCAUAAGGACACAGGAAUCUACAUACUACAAACCAGAAGUAGACAAGUAAAAACUGUAUCAACAAAACAUACAUACCUUCAUGUGUACACCUCUCUUUUGAACUGUGGGCAGCCCUCUGCCCAGCCCUCUAUUGAAUCAGUGCCACCCAGAGUAACAGAAGGGUCAAGUGUUCUUCUGGUGGUUCACAAUCUCCCAGAGAAUCUUCGAGCCCUUUCCUGGUAUAAAGGAAUCAAUGUGUUCAAGAACCAUGAGGUUGGCCGACUCAUAAUAGCCAAGAAUUCAAGUGUGCCAGGUCCUGCACACAGUGGCCGAGAGACAGUGUACAGCAAUGGAUCUUUGGUUCUCCACAAUGUCACCUGGAAGGAUGCUGGAUUAUACACCCUAUUAACUCUGACCACAGAUAUGACAGCUGAAGUAGCUCAUGUGCAGCUCCAAUUGGACACCUCCCAUUGUGGAUACCAUCCCACCUCUGCCCAGCUCACUAUUGAAUCAGUUCCCCCUAGAAUUGCUGAAGGUGGAAGUGUUCUUCUAGUGCCUCACAAUCUCCCAGAGAAUCAUAGAUCCUUUUACUGGUACAAAGGAGUUAUUGAGCUCAAGAAAUAUGAGAUUGCCAAACAUAUAGUAGCCAUAAAUUCAAGUGUGCUGGGUCCUGCACACAGUGGCAAAGAGACACUGUACAGCAAUGGAUCCCUGCUGCUCCAUAGUGCCACCUGGAAAGAUGCUGGAUGGUACACUCUACACAUUCCGAACAUAGAUACAGAAUCUCAAACAGCGCAUGUUCAACUCCAGUUGGACACCUCCCUUUCUGCUUGCUGCAAGGAUGUCACUUCUGCCCAAAUCACCAUAGAACAGGUGCCACCAGAUGCUGCUAAAGGGGAAAGCGUUCUCCUCCUUGUUCAUAAUCUGCCAGAAGAUCUGCAUACAUUUUCCUGGUACAAAUCAAAGUAUACCCUCCAGAAUUGUAAAAUCGCAUUAUACAACAGAGCCAUGAAUUACGUCACCCAGGGUGCUGCCCACAGUAGAGGAACAACGGUGUACCCCAAUGGAUCCCUGCUCCUCCAGGAUGUCACCGAGAAAGAUGCAGGAAUCUACACAUUACAGAUUUUAAACAGAGAUUUCAAAACUGAAAAAAUACAUGUGGAGCUCCAUGUGAACCCCUGCAGGCGCCCUCCCAUCCUGCUCACUAUUGAGUCAAUACCACACAAUGUUGUUGAAAGGAAAAAUGCUCUCCUACUUGUUUAUAAUAUCCCAGAGGACCUUCAAUCUUUUGUCUGGUACAAAGGGAUACCAAUUGACAACGAACAUAAAAUUGCACAGAGUGUAUUAACCAGUAAUAAAAGUAUGCUGGGGCCUGCACAUAGUGGUAGAGAGACUGUAUACCCCAAUGGAUCUUUGCUGCUCCACAAUGUUGCCAAGGAGGACACUGGAUUCUACGCCCUACGAACCUUAAAUGCACAGUUUGAAACUCAAGAAGCACAUGUGUACCUCCACGUAUACAGGCCUGUGUCAGUGCCCUUUAUCCGAGUCGCCAGCACCAAAGUUACAGUUCAGAGCUCUGUUGUGUUCACCUGCCUCUCAGCUGACACUGGAAUCUCCACCCACUGGAUCUUCAAUAACCAGAAUCUGCAGCUCACAGACAGGAUGACCUUGUCACCGAAAAAGUGCCGACUCACAAUAGAUCCUGUCAGGAUGGAGGAUGAUGGAGAGUAUAAGUGUGAGGUCUCCAACCCAGUCAGUUCAAAGACCAGUCCUCCAGUCUAUCUGGAUGUGAUGAAUGAGUGA